AAAUUGUAUUAUCAUUUAAAUAGUUUAGUGUUACCAUCUGGUACAAUAGAUAGUUGUUUCUCAUAAACAUCAUUCUUCACCAGUGUACUCUAAUAAUAAUGUGGACAUUACCAUUAUUCUUUUUUGUCACGUGUUUAUUGUUUGGAAUUUACCUGAUGGAAUAUAAUGUAGAACCAGAACGUUAUAUAGAUGUGGGAAAACCUUUGUAUCUGACACAUCUUCUAGAGGAGGGAAAGGUGACAGAGGCCCAACAAAAAUCAAGAGUUCAUCCAGACAUUGGGAACACUACAAGUUACUCAGGAUAUCUCACAGUCAACAAAGGGUGCGGAUCAAAUUUGUUUUUUUGGUACUUUCCAGCUCAGAAAAAUUCUACAAAUGCUCCUUUGCUUCUUUGGCUUAUGGGUGGCCCUGGGUUGACAUCAGUUUAUAGUUUGUUCAUGGAAACGGGGCCUUUAACUUACGACGAUAAAGUCGGGCAUAGAGCUUACUCUUGGAAUGUACAAAAUAACCUUCUGUUCAUAGAUCAACCAGUGGGCACAGGGUUCAGCUUCACCAGGAAGGACUGCUACCCUAAAAAUGACACUGAGGCAGGGAUAGAAUUGUAUUUAGCAAUAGUACAAUUUUACCGGUUAUUUCCUGAGCUGGUACAUAAUAAAUUUUACAUAUCAGGGUAUUCAUAUGCUGGACAUUAUGUCCCAACUUUGGCUCUUGAGAUUCAUAGAAGGAACCCAUCUGCGAAGACAAAAAUAAAAUUGAGUGGAAUGGCUAUAGGUAAUGGUUUUUUAGAUCCCCAGCAUCAGUUUGACUGGGGUGAUUUUCUCUACCAGAUAGGGUUGAUUGACUAUGUGGGAAAAGAAGAGGUUGACAGCCUCUAUCAGAAUUUUGUCAAUCACACAAAGAAUGAAGAAUGGGAAGAAGGAAAUAGAAUUUUCUGGACAAAUAUUGGAAAAUUUUAUGGCAACGUAAGUGUAUAUAAUUUUUUAAAAGGUACAACAAAUGACUUAUAUGAUAAAAAACUUUAUGAAGAUUAUGUGACGUCAGCGGAAAUCCGUAAAGCAAUCCACGUAGGCAAUCAAAAUUUCACAUCUUACAAUGCCAAAGUUUUGGAACAUUUAGCAGUAAGUGUGCUGUUUUCAAUGAGACCUCAAAUUGAAGAACUUUUGGAACAUUAUUUUAUAGUAUUCUAUGUCGGACAAUUAGACAUCAUUUGUAGUUACACGUUGAUUGCUAGUUUUCUUCAGGAUUUAAAAUGGAGUGGAAGCGCACGUUAUAGGAAUUCUACCAGACACAGGUGGUGUGUAGAUGGUGUACAAGCAGGAUAUUACAAAAGUGCGCACAAUCUACAUGAAGUGAUGGUGCGCAACGCAGGACACUCAGUGGCUUAUGACCAGCCUUAUUGGGCGUAUGUUCUGGCUAACUCAGUAACAUCAAGUACCCAAGAUAAUCCUCUACAUGGAUUGAAAAAGUGUUGAGUAUUUUAUGUUGUAUACAGUAUUGUAUAUGUAAAUAAAUUAUUAUAUGAGUGUA